AAAAAAAAUCAUCAUGACAGAACUGAAAGGAAGUGGUGAAAAUGAAUUGUGGAACAAAUCGAGAUAAAGUAUUGGAGGACAAUUAAGAAUACAACUUUAUAUCUAAAUAUCUUCAGACAGGGGAUGAUGUUUGUAUGCAAAGACUCCUGCACAUCAGCUGCAAACACCGUGUGUGUGUGUGUGUGUGUGUGUGUGUGUGUGUGUGUGUGUGUGUGUGUGUGUGUGUGUGUGUGUGUGUGUGUGUGUGUGUGUGUGCGUGUGUGUGUGUGUGUGUGUGUGCGUAUGUGUGUGUGUGGGAUAUGUUUGUGGCUGAAGUUUGUCACACCUCACUUACAGACGGCUCUGUGCUGUGACGUCAGCUCUGCCUGGACACACUGCUCCUCCUGACAUGUUUCAGACUCAUCAGACUCAUUAUGACGGAUCUUAAGAGGACUAGAGCUUCAGUGCCUCAUCGGACUUACAAUGUCGGAUGUUAAGUAGGGUAGGCUAGAGCUCCAGUGGCUUUAUCAGACUCAUAAUGUCGGAUCUUAAGAGGACUAGAGCUCCAUCAGGCUCAGACAUGCUUCAUGACGGCUGCGAUGUGUAGGUUUGUUUUUCCUCUUUGUAUUACUUCCAUUCAUUUGCACGCAACCGCAGUUCAGCGUUUUAAUCUUUAAUGUGACUGUUUUUGAGUGUACACACGAGUCCAUAUUUAUAAAGCCAGUUUAAUUAAAUGGGUCAGCGCCAGCAAAGCACGCAGGACGGGAAGUAUCCCACAGAAGGAUUUCCCAGAAAUCAAACUGCAACCGAAUCAUUUAACUUCAUUUAACCAUCGCUGACUCCAGAAAACAAACCGAGAUGACUUUCUUCGUUUGAGAACUUGUCCUUGUUUUCAGGUGAAGUUCAGCAGGUCUUACUGCGAUGUAAGAGACAUGGACCUGUAAGAAGAGACCGUUACCGAUGACUUAUGGCGACCAUGUCCCGAACAUGGACCCUCCUCACUGCUGUGCUGGCAGUGCAGCUGUGCACAGGUCAGAAAGCCUGCUCCAUCUGGUCCAGCGCUGGCUCUGUGGUGCAGCGAGGCUCCUCGUUUACUGUGUAUUGCACCUUUAAGUGCAAUAGUGAAGGAUUCACUCUCAGUAAUCAUGUGCCAACACAGCUGGAGUCCAAAACCCUUAACUCAACUACAAUAUACCAUAAGGUGGUGAACAUCACCAAGAACCGAACGUUCAGCUGCCUGGACUCCUGUCCUCUCGCUAACGAGCCGUGUGGGAUGGACAUCAAGGCUGGACUCCUACCAGAGCGCCCCAAAAACAUCUCCUGCAAACACAAUGUCAGAAAUGAUGAAGGCGGAGUGGUGACCUGCACUUGGAAUGCGGGACGAGACACUUAUCUGAAGAAUGCUUCAGUGCUGUGGGUGACAACGGUAUCUGGAAACCACACAGCUGAACCAGAGCCGCACAACGGCCCCAGCAGAGGAAGUGAUUUACCCUCUGCUAGUUUCACUGUGUCCAGCUCCGCCCGGCUGAUCUCUGUGUGGGUUCAUGUAGAGAAUAAUCUGAGCAGUGCUACGUCCCUCCCCGUUAACUUCACCCUCAGGGACAUCGCGAUGCCAUCCACUCCUGAUCUUGGCCAACCCGAGUGUUCUUCCCGAAGGUGCGUCAUCAAAGUGGAGCAGCCUGUGAAGACUCGUUAUGUGGAGAUCCAAUACGGAGCAGAGGCACAAACGUGGACUUCUUCUCAAGAAUUUGUGCAGACGGGUCAAGCACAGGUUCAGACCAUCUCCUCUCUGGAGCCCUUCAGGCUGUACCAUUUCAGAGCCAGAUCCAGGUUUAGCACUGGGAUGUGGAGUCCCUGGAGCGGGAACACCUCGGGCAGGACUCAAGAGGAAGCUCCCUCCAGAGCGUUGGAUGUGUGGUCCACUGACGGCCCGUCUGAUGUCUGGUCCCUGAGGUUAUACUGGAAGGAGCUGAAUGUUUCUAUCGCUAGAGGGAAAAUCAUUCAGUACCGCAUCAGCGUCUACGGCCCAGGAUCCCAAACUCCCUCGUUCACCACAAAUGUCAGUGCAGAUACCAGAAACUGUACGGUCUCGUUUUGUGCCGCCUGUGAAGUGAAAGUGUGGGCCUACAACUCCAUAGGACCCUCUCCACCUGCGAGAGUUACAAGCAUGCACACACGAGCCAAGCCCACUCAGGAUGUGCACGUCACCGCAGACAACCAGAGUGUCGCCAUCUCCUGGGGAAACCCAGAAGCUGCACCUGUACCUGCAGAGUAUGUGGUGGAGUGGUACCCUGAGGGCUACAAGCAGGAGGAGCUCCAAUGGGUCCGACUGGGGAGGAACGACAACCACUUUGUUAUAACCGGUAUGAAGCCAGCCAAGUGCUACGAGGGAGCAGUGUAUACUUUCUAUGACAGCUCCAUGGAUCGAACCAGAUUUAGAGCCGUUCUCUUGGAAUCAGUUCCAGCAGCUGGCCCGUCUGUCCAAGAGAAGGUGGAUGGAAACAAAGUGAGGGUGACCUGGGCAGAGAUUCCCAUGGGUCAGCGUGGCGGCUGUAUCACUGACUACACCGUCUAUUUAGAGGACAGCAGCGAAUAUCUGCAGUGCUGUAAGAACAACUCUCUGAGGUUUUCUGUUGAAGCAUCAGAGAGGACACACACCAUCUACGACCUGUCUCCUGGUGUCUACAGCCUGUUGGUGACAGCUUCCACUGCUGAAGGGGAAGGCCCUGCAGGUCAAAAGGUCAAGUUCUUCAUUACACAGGAGUCCCAACUCCCCCUGCUGCUCGUGUGUGUGGUCGUCGUCGCGUCCUGCCUGCUGUGUCUGUGGCAUUGUUCAGCUGCAAGGCAGAGGUUCUGCAGGCUUUUCAAGUGUCUCACGCUGGAAGCUGUUCUCGAUCCCGCCAACAGCAAAUGGGCAAAAGAGUGUACUCAGAAUAAGGGCAAAAUAAACCUCCAGCUGCCACAGAGUCCAUGCAGUCUGACUGAAGAGGAAGAAGAGCCUAUCCUGGUGGAUGUCGAGGAGCUGCCCAAUCAGAGCAAAGCAAUCUGCACGCCUACCUGUGACUCCUCGCGGCGCUCUCCUGAAACGAGCCUGAGCCCCCCGAUGGAGCGGACCACCCUGCAUUACCCUCCUACCUCCUACAUCAAGAGCUUCUCCCAUGACUCAGCCGGCUCCGACCACACGGAGACCUCUCUGGACACACGCUCGACCGUGGACUACAUCUCGUCGCACGUGCCAGGAGACGUGGACGAAGAGGACGAGGAAGACGAGUUUCCAGAAGUGGACGGCUUCUUCCCCAGUCACAACAUUUUCAUGGCAUCGCUGGAGUUUGGAGGGAAGUUGACUCUGGAUGCAGUCAAAAUCAACUGCACGGACUUCUUUCAGAGCAGCUAGGGGGAACCUGAAACUUCUGCCACUUCUCUGGCGAAAUGAGACCUAAAGAGAGCGCACACGAUGAGACGAUGACACAAUGUGGCGACCCGAUUCUUCCUUCUUCUCUCUCUUGGUUUCUUUUUGGAUCACAUGUCUCACUAACAAGCCCGUGAACUACCUCCUCGCUCUAUGAAAUUAAUACUGGAACAAAAACUGUCUCAGGGCGCACUCACACUAGCAAAGUUGUCCCUAACCGUGCUUAACCCACGAUUCCCCCCCCCCCCUCCAUUCCCCCUCUGGUCUGCACACACACUGCUCCAGGACUAACCGGGCCUGAGCACUGUUACCUCUUAUACAUAACGUUGUAAUACAACACAAUACAACACAUGCAUGGCUUUACAAGAUCAUGAAAAAUGAGAGAGAGAGAGAGAGAGAGAGAGGGAGAAAGAGAGAGAGAGAGGGAGAAAAAGAGAGAGAGAGAGGGAGAAAGAGAGAGAGUCAUGUUAGUCAGAUACAGAACACUCCGGGGUUUCUCCAUAAUGAAUCCACGUUGUGUGCUCGUGUAUGAACUGUACCUCUUUAGAGUGUGCCAGGGCCGAGGAAGUGUUCCGAGCUCGAGCACAGAUCGAAGCACUCACACUGGUCAAACGAACUGGACUUGAGGAGUGACGUGUAGUGUGUAGUGUGUAGUGUGUAGUGUGUAGUGUGAGUGCGCCCUUAUUGAGGUGUUAUGAAGCAGUCAUUUCAGACUGAGAAAGUCGUUUCAUCUCCAUGUCCUGCAUUAGCAUUGUUUCCUCAUCUGGACGUCUGAUACCAAAACAAUAACCCGUUGACUUCUCUCAGGUGCUCACACAGAGGAUGCAUUGAGCCUCCACAGCCGAUCACUUCACUCAGACUUUUAUAGCUUCAUGUAAAAUGGCCUCCAUAGUUCUGUGUGAUCAAACACACACACACACACAGACCCACACAGACACACACAGACACACAAACACACACACACACACACACACACAUUGCUGGGACUCUGACACUGAUCCAGCCUUCACUGUUUUUUAUUUGCUUCUGUGUUUUUCCUUUGGUUACAAGUCCAAAUUAAUUCCGUUCCCUUUCAAAGGAUAAAAUCCAUUUUAUUCUUUUGUAGCUUAGCAUUGGUGCCUAGCAUUGUUACUCAUAUUGGUUAUAAUGGUUUGUGGCUCUUUGAACUGCAUCCCUUUCUCGUUCUUAGCUCACGUACAACUCGACAAAAGCAUUGAGAACAACUUGUUCUCGUGCUGCUGGGUGAUAUAGAUUCUUGAAGGCAAGUUUAUCUAUGAGGACCUUUCACACACCAGGCAAUUCAAAGCGCAUUUCAAACACUUUAUAUAAUAUUAUUAUGUGUGCAUUUAAGAAAAACACCAACUCUACAGAAUGCAUGCAGCAUUUACACAAACUGAACAUGUGUGCAUGAUCAAAUGUGCAGGUACAGGAAGUAUAACUGAUGCCCCAUGUAUAAGUGUAAAAUCCUGCAGUUCCUGGAGUGUCCACUAGAGGCUGGCUGCAGAAGCACAGGAAGUCACAUACACACCCAUUCUAAGAAGUCUGUUUUUACAGCAGAGAUUAACAUGUUUACAGCCUGGUUCAAAAAACAAAUAGGUGUGAUUAUCUCAUGUCUCGAUCGACACACACUGUACGGGGGGUGAAUGUUUUGAUGACUCAUCAGUUUUGAUUUGAUGAAGAAUAAGAGUUAUUCACAAUAAGGCGUGUAGCUGACCUGAUUGACAGGUGGGCGUGGUGUAACGGUUUGUCAGGAGGUUUAAAACCCGCCUCAGCUCCAGCUCUCAGUCUGUCGUUAGGUUGACUGAAAGUUAGACUGAGACAGCAUUUCCAGCAUGGAGACCGCCAUCGAUGGGACUCCAGCGCCCCCUGCAGGAACAGAUGGGUGACGCCACUCAGGCUUCAAACAUUCAUAUUUACAGUCUGUGAUCUACAGGUGAUAAUGAUUGUUUUGCUGAUUGCCAAACUUUAGAGAAGACUGCUUGAGAUCGAAACAUUGCCUUUAAUAAAGUUGCUCUUUGGGAGAUGAA